AUGUCCAGUGAUAGUUUGGUAUCCUGUGAAGGGUUAAAUGUAGUAGUUGACAUAGAGAUACAUGUUCUAUGUGAUUCUGUGGUAGUUGUGACUUUAUCUAAAGCAUGCUGUGUGUCUGUAUCUCUUCUAGCCAACGCAUCAUCAGAAGCCCAGAACGAGACCGAGGGGAACAAAGAUGUACCGCUCACCCCAACUCCUACCCCCACCACUCCUCCGCCAGCGUGAGUCACUCACUCACUCACUCUCUCAUUCACCUUGCAGUAAGAGUCUAACUUCCCCUCUCUUCUCUCUCAGCGUGGAGACGGUGAAGCCAGACUACCCUGCUCCCCAGGAGGACCCUGAGGUCCCCCUCUCCUCCCCUGACUCCCCCCUGCUUCCCCCCUCCCUGGAGGAUGGACAGAUCGUGACUCUGGUAGAGGAGGAGGAGGAGGAGCCCCCACAGUCCACUGUCACUCUGAUGGAGGAAGAGGGGGAUGAUAAUGAGGAGGAGGAGAGAGAGGAACAGUGGAUGAGGGAGAGGGAGAGCCACCUGUACUGUCCUCUCUCUUCCACCUCUUCCCUUUCUUCUCUCUGUUGUAUCUCCUGUGUGGCCACACUGCCAGAGUUGCUACAGCGCUGGUGUAAUGCUCACCUCUCCAGAGAGAGGCAGCAAGACAUACAUACACACACCCCCAUACAGGUCCCUGUCCCUACCCCCACACACACCCAGGAAGCCCCAACACACACAGAGACGGUCCCUGAGCCUGAGACUGCCCCCCAGGCCCAAAACGAGGGACUACCCUCUUUAGACUCACACAAUCACACCCCUCACACAGACACACACCCCGUGGACCCCAUCAUUGUGCUGGAGCCUAGCCAGACCUCUACCCUGCCCCCCCACAGCCUCUCUCUCACCUCCCUCUCCAAACCCACCCCUAUCCAGGACGAAGCUCCCCAGCCCCCUAGCCAAGAAGACCCUGUCCCCCCUCCAGCCCCGCAGGAAGCCCCCGUCCCAGAGACCCAGCAGGCCAGCACCCCCACCCCUACUCUCAGCCCCACCGCUCCCCUACACCUACCAAGCUCUGAGACAGCCUCCCUGGACCUCCCUCCACCCCCCCUGAAGGAGCAACCAGUCCAGCCCCUUCCCACAGCUUCUAGACCUGCAGACAUCCCCCCUCCCACCGAGCUCCCUGUGUCCUCCCAGCCCGACAUAAACACAGAGCCACACACACCCAGGGCUGGGGCAGUGAGUGGAGACAUCCAGGGCCAGGGGGAGCAGGGCGACUCUUCUGCCCAGCCAGCAGAACACCUACGUGGGGAAGAGUCCGUGGAGGACCUACUGCUUAGCGUCCCGGUGACCGCUAACGGACAUUUACACCGGGCGGCUACAGACUUCUACGCUGAGCUUCAGAGCGCGGGGGAGUACGUUGGAGGGAUGAACGGAGGAGUGAACGUGCACGGCUCCAGUCAGAAGGAGAGUGUGUUCAUGAGGUUGAACAACAGAAUCAAAGCCCUGGAGAUGAACAUGUCCCUCAGCAGCAGAUACCUGGAGGAACUCAGCCAGAGGUAAGCUGUGUGUCUGUCUGUCUUUUUUAACCUAGUAGUUUCCUCUAUCACUCGUCCUGUUCAGGCUCUGAUUGGCUUGUUGUGUGUUUGGUGUGUUCUAGGUAUCGUAAGCAGAUGGAGGAGAUGCAGAGAGCGUUCAACAAGACCAUCGUCAAACUGGAGAACACCUCCCGCAUCGCUGAAGAACAGGUCUGUUACAGACAGUUGCUUCUUGAUUGUGUUGCCGGACGGUUAUUGUGGCAGUGAUGGUUGAGUCAUGGUUUAGUGUAGGUUGUAUCUGAAGGUUGUCUGAUGGUUCUGGGAUGGGUUGGUUCAACUUGGUUGUAUUAACGUUAUAUUUUGGUUGUGUGAUCCCUCAGGACCAGCGGCAGACAGAGUCUAUCCAGAUGUUACAGGGUCAGCUGGAGAACGUCACCAAGUUGAUGAUCAACCUCACCAUGACUGUCUCACAGCUACAGAGAGAGGUACACACACAGCUGAAGACAAUGAGACCUUCAGCUCUUACUACCUACAUUUAUUGAAUAUCAGAUUGAAUGUUGGCCUAUUUUAAUCAUAACUCGCAAAAAUGUCAUGAUCGGAUGUGAUGAGUUUGUUUCCUCUGAUGUCUAAAUAUUGUUUCUGUGUUUGUUUUUUCUAGGUGUCUGACCGACAGGGUUACCUGGUGGUGUCUCUAGUCCUGUGUCUCUGUCUGGGCCUGGUGCUCUGCCUGCAGUGCUGCCGGAGCUCCAACACACACAGCAACACACACACCGCAGCCAAUCACUACCCCAGCCCCAAGAGGUAAACAAACACACACACACACACACCUUUGUCUGAUCUCCCCACAUUAUCUAUAAGAGUAUUGUUGUUGCUUUUGUAGGUCUGAUAUAAUGUUCCUCUUAGUGCAGUUAAUGUUCCCUUGUGUUUCAUAGGGAACAUUGGAUCUCUUCCAUACAGGCAUUGUUUAGUUUGACCCUUACUAACGUUACUGUACUAUCAUAUCCUGUAUGUGUCAGGUGUUUCUCCUCCUAUGAUGAUUUGAGUCUGAAGCGGAGGGUAUCGUGUCCUCUCGUACGCUCCAAGUCCUUCACGUUUCCUACUUCAGAAGGUGAAUGUGUACACACACACACACACACCAAGUCACUCUACAGCUUUCUAACAAGGACAAGAAGAAGCCUGCUCACGUGGCCUCGCUGUUAAACACACACACUCCCCCUUUUCCUCUACACUUCCUGUCUUCUACAUCGCUGUUCUGUCCAUCCUGUUGCUGCCCUAUAACAACCCAUAGGAGCUGAAGCAGGACUAAAAGCCUCCCUGUAUAGAGGCCAGCUCCAUUAUAGACCACAUUACUCAGAGCUACAGCUGUGCAUGACUAGCUGCUCUCCCAUCUGAGCCAUGCUGCUGGCCGUGCCAUGCUGCUGAGCUGCUGAACAGUAUGUCUGCUGUAAGGGUACUGGAGCCACAGACACCCCAGUGGGACUGCCUGGGCACACCCCGCCAUGAAGGAAUAAAAACCUUCAUUCAGACAGCCAUGAAACAUAAUGCUCCUCUUUCCUCUCUCUCUCUCUCUCUCUCUAUUGAUCGUGUGUGUCCUUGGGCCAGAGUGCCUGUCAUUGCCAGCUGUGUGUCCAUAUAGAGGCUGAACUGAAGGGGAAUAUAAAUAGAACACAAUGCUUUUGGCUGGCUCAUGUUACACCACUGCAAGUAGUAACAACUAGAGAACCCUACCUUACCCAGUGUACCUACUAGCUAUAAAUAACCUCUUCAGUGGAGCGAUAACCUUUAUUCUGGGCUAUAGUAUAUCAGGUGUGUGUAAUACUACAUGAAUAGUAAAUCAGUAGUACUACUUGCAAGGUGGUGUCAUGCUUGUAACAUGUGUGUUCCGAGUGCCUGCCAUCUCAUCAUUAACAUGGCCCUGUUCUCUCCCUGUUCAGUAGGCCCUGACGACCUUUACAUUGUUGAACCAUUAAGGUUCUCACCAGAGAAAAAGGUACAGUGUCCCCUGCUCUCCGCCUGCUACUGCUGUUGUAUGGCGGCCCCUGCGGCCAUCUUUGAUUGCUUAUGGUUUCAGUGGAGUGGGGUGAACUUGCCCCCAGACUCUGAUCUAAGGUCAGUUUAGCGUUCUUCCAUCCUAAUGGUUAAGAAUACUGUAGGGUCUGGGGAGUGUUAAGCUGAUCCUAGAUCUAGUUAUGGGGUGAUUUACGAACUCGGUUAAGUUAACCAUUUCUCUGCUGACACAGGCUAGAAGCCCACUGUUAGGGGGGCGAUGUAUGAGCAGACACAGAGCAGGCUUGGGCAGUGGUUUGAAAGUUGUAACCCACCAAUAGAUGACAAUAAGCUGCGACCCAUAACAUGGCUUUGCUCCACUCAUAUAGAGAUGCUAAGGUUUGGUCUGUGCCCUUGAGCAAGGCACUUAACCCUAAUUUGCUCCAGGGGCGCCAUACUACUAUAAUGUAAAACAACACAUUUCACUGGACCUAUCCAGUGUAUGUGACGACAAAAUAAAUUAUUAUUGUAAUGCCAUACUCCCCACUGUCCCUUCCCAGUCCUGUCUGUAACCUCAUACUGAAUCAAAAUACUUAAGACACAAUCAAAAUGUCUCCUGUUCUCUAUCUUUGAGAGCUUGGUGUCUGUCCAGUUUGGUUGUAAAAGUGCAGUGUGUCUGGUAUAGAUGUGGUUAACAUGACUUAACAUAUUUAUACAUCUCUAAAGUUCGCCCUGUACUCUUUAUUUAUCAAUCUCUCCAUCCCUCUCUCUCUCCAGAAGAAACGAUGUAAAUUGACGGCAGCAUUAUCAGCCCCCUCUUCUCCGAUGGCUAACGGGGGACUCCAAUGCAACGGUCUCCCCCACUCCCUGAAUCCCCCUCCUCCUCCCCCUCUAGAAGACAUGUCCUGUAAGGAGCUCCCCUUCCCUUCAGAGAGCAGCAGCUGUAGCUCCUCCACCCACUCUGAGGAGUCCUUCAUCAGCCGAGGCCAUCCCCUCUCUUCCCCCCCAGGCCUAUGUAAUGGCCAUGCUGCCCUGCCCCUCCCGUCCUACCUUCCCUCCCUCCCCCCCUCUAAGAGGUCAGUGAAGCGCCGGCAGUCUCGUCAGGCAGAUCUGCAGUUCUCCUCCAGACAGACAGGAGGCGCUGCUGUGAACUCUCUGCAGAGCCUGCAGCAGCUGAUCAAGGGAAACAAGGAGAUCAGUGUGGGGACCAUAGGAGCCACGGCAGUCACAGGACACGUCUGA